CGGGAGGAGCCGGGUUGGCGGAGCACGGAGGAGGAGGAGGAGGUGAGAGGGGCUCGGAGGAGGCGAGCGGGGCGACGGGAUGCCGGGCUACGACUACAAGCUGCUGGAGCGGCCGCGUCGGCGGGUGCUGUGCCCGCUGUGCGGGAAGCCCAUGAGGGAACCGGUCCGUGUCUCGACCUGCGGCCACCGCUUCUGCGACACCUGCCUGCAGGAGUUCCUUAGCGAAGGCGUUUUCAAGUGCCCUGAGGACCAGCUACCCCUGGACUAUGCCAAGAUUUACCCUGACCCAGAGCUGGAGGCUCAGGUGCUGAGCUUGGCCAUCCGCUGCAUCCACAGCGAGGAGGGCUGCCGCUGGAGCGGGCUCAUCAAGCACCUCCAGGCCCAUCUUGGCACCUGUGGCUUCAACGUCAUCCCCUGCCCCAACCGGUGCAGCACCAAGCUGAGCCGCCGCGAUCUGCCUGAGCACGUCCAGCACGGCUGCCCCAAGCGCCGGGUCAAGUGCGAGUUCUGUGCCAACGACUUCACUGGGGAGGCCUUCGAGGGCCACCAAGGCACAUGUCCCCAGGAGAGUGUGUACUGUGAGAACAAGUGUGGGGCCCGUAUGAUGCGGCGCCUGCUGUCCCAGCACACCCUGACAGAAUGCCCCAAGCGCACCCAGCCCUGCACCUACUGUGCCAAGGAGUUUGUCUUUGACACCAUCCAGAACCACCAGUACCAGUGUCCCCGGUACCCCGUGCCCUGCCCCAACCAGUGCGGGACACCCAGCAUCGCCCGGGAGGACAUGGCCACUCACCUCAAGGAGAGCUGCAGCACUGCCAUGCUGCUGUGCCCCUUCAAGGAAGCUGGUUGCAAGCACCGGUGCCCCAAGCUGGCCAUGGGCCGGCACCUGGAGGAGAGCACCAAGGCUCACCUGGGCAUGGUGUGUGCCCUGGUGAGCCGGCAGCGGCAGGAGAUCCUGGAGCUGCGGCGGGACCUGGAGGAGCUGUCGGUCAGCAGUGAUGGAACCCUCAUCUGGAAGAUCCCCGACUACACCCGCAAGCUGCAGGAGGCUAAAGCCCGCAGCAACUACGAGUUCUUCAGCCCCCCAUUCUACACCCACAAGUAUGGGUACAAGCUUCAGGUUUCAGCUUUCCUCAACGGCAAUGGGAGCGGGGAGAGCAGCCACCUCUCCAUCUACAUCCGCGUGCUGCCAGGCGAGUACGACAACCUGCUGGAGUGGCCCUUCUCCUACCGUGUCACCUUCUCCUUGCUGGACCAGAGUGACCCCUCACUCUCCAAGCCCCAGCACAUCACUGAGACCUUCCACCCUGAUCCCAACUGGAAAAACUUCCAGAAGCCGGGAGCCUCACGCAGCUCCCUGGAUGAGAGCACCCUGGGCUUCGGCUACCCCAAGUUCAUCUCCCACGAGGACAUCAAGAAACGGAACUAUGUGCGGGACAACGCCAUCUUCAUCAAAGCCUCAGUGGAGAUCCCCCAGAAGAUCCUGGCCUGAGCCCUGGUGUCCCAGGGCCGGGGGUAGGACAGGAUGUGAGCCAGGGGUGCCCCAGGUGGUGCUGAGUCCCUGUCCUGGGGCCCUGGCUUGGGGACGCCUUGGUGGCCACAGCCGGUGGCUCUCAGGUAGGCAGGGGAUGGGGUUGCCCCCCCCCCCCCCAUAUCUCUCCCAGGGCUGGGACCUCACUGUAGCCCCAACUGCCCCCCCAAGGUGGUCCCUUCUCAGGUGCCUGGGGGUGCUGGGGGGCUGGGCCCCCCCAAGCCCCUCACUGGGGUGCCCAGCAGCCCCUUCCAGCCUCUUUGGGGGCCCACAGGGACCCCGCUGCUCAGAGCCAUAUUUUGUAAGCUGGUGCCCCCCAGGAGCACAGUUGUUAUUUAUUAUGCCAUGCUGGGGCUCACUGCUCACUCCCCCCAUUUCCACACCCCCUCCCUCUUUUUUGUCAAUAAACUUUUCUUGUAU